AUGAUCGAGGGAUCAACUUUAAAAAGGACGAUCAGCGUGUCUCUGUCUCUCCACAGAGCGACUGCAGAGGUCUCCAGUGGUCCGCACCAUCGCACAGGCCAGGACUCUGUAUUUAAGCGCCUGGAGAAGGACCUCUCCACUUUUGUCCAGGAGGAGCUGAAGAAGUUCCAAAGGCUUCUGAGCACAGAUUACCCAGAAUGCUUAGAGCCUGUGGAGGAUGAGGAGCAGAGGAGCAGCAGUGAGGCGCUCCUGAAGAUCACACUGAACUUCCUGAGGAGGAUGGACCAGAAGGAGCUGGCUGAGCGUCUGUGGAGCAAGGAGGCUCUCCUGAGGCUGCUGCCAGUGGUCAAGGCCUCCACCAAAGCUCUACUGAGCUGCUGUGAGCUGUCAGACAGAAGCUGUGGAGCUCUGGCCUCAGUCCUCAGCUCCCAGUCCUCUAGUCUGAGAGUCCUGGACCUGAGUCACAACGACUUGAAGGACUCAGGGCUGAAGCUGUUGUCUGAUGGACUGAAGAGUCCUCACUGUAAACUGGAGACGCUCAGACUGAGCUGCUGUGAGCUGUCAGACAGAAGCUGUGGAGCUCUGGCCUCAGUCCUCAGCUCCCAGUCCUCUAGUCUGAGAGUCCUGGACCUGAGUCUCAACGACUUGAAGGACUCAGGGCUGAAGCUGUUGUCUGAUGGACUGAAGAGUCCUCACUGUAAACUGGAGACGCUCAGUCUGUCAGGUUGUUUGGUGUCAGAGGAAGGCUGUGCUUCUCUGGCCUCAGCUCUGAGGUCCAACCCCUCCCAUCUGAGAGAACUGGACCUGAGCUACAACCAUCCAGGAGACACAGGAGUAAAGCUGCUGUCUGCCCUGCUGGAGGACCCCCACUGCACCCUGCACACUCUCAGAUCGGCCUCCAGAGGGAGCAGCCUCCAGAGGGAGCAGCCUCUAGAGGGAGCAGCCUCUAGAGGGAGCAGCUUCCAGAGGGAGCAGCCUCCAGAGAGAGCAGCCUCUAGAGGGAGCAGCCUCCAGAGGGAGCAGCCUCUAGAGAGAGCAGCCUCUAGAGGGAGCAGCCUCCAGAGGGAGCAGCCUCUAGAGGGAGCAGCCUCCAGAGGGAGCAGCCUCUAG